CCGCGCCGGAGCCUCGCCAAAAGCAAGUGCGCCUGGCACCGCCACCCCUGGGCCCCGGCAGCGGCCGCUCCCGCCGCGGCUCCUUCCCCAGACAGCGCCGUCCUCCCGCCCCUCAAAGCAGCGCCCCUCCGCGGGCAGGGGGUGCCCGGCAAAUGCUUCUCGAUGUGUGUUUCAGUUCUGAACAUCACUGCCCUUUUCUUUGUUUCCACUUUGACUCUCACAAAUUCCAGAAGUUUGUAUCUUCUGACCUCUGCAUCCAGGUUUUAACUGUCAGAGUUCACUGCAGAUUCCCACAUGGCCAACGAAGGAAGACCUUGCCCAUGUGACAUUGGAGACAGAUUUGAAUAUGGAGGCCUUGGGCAGGAAGUUCAGGUUGAGCAUAUCAAGGCGUAUGUUUGCAAACCAUCCUGCAGCACAGACAAGGCUGUGAUUGUGAUUCAGGAUAUUUUUGGAUGGCAACUCCCAAACACCAGAUACAUGGUUGAUAUGCUGGCAGCCAAUGGAUACAUAGCGAUUUGCCCAGACUUUUUUGUGGGGAAAGAACCUUGGAAGCCUUCUGACGACUGGUCCACCUUUGAGAGUUGGCUGAAAACCCGAAAUGCCAGAAAAACAGACAAGGAAGUUGACGUUGCCUUGAAGUAUCUAAAGGAGCAAUGUGGUGCAAAGAAGAUUGGUGUCAUUGGGUUUUGUUGGGGUGGAACUGUUGUACAUCACCUGAUGUUAAAAUAUCUUGAAUUAAAGGCUGGUGUGUCAGUCUAUGGAAUAAUCAAGGACUCUGAUGACAGAUACAGUUUGCUGAAUCCCACGUUUUUCAUUUUUGGUGAAAAAGAUGUUGUCAUUGCUCUUGACCAAGUCGCUGAACUGGAGCAGAAGCUGAAACAGCACUGUAAGGUUGAUUAUGUAGUUAAAGUUUUUCCAGGUCAGACUCAUGGUUUUGUACAUCGUAAGAGAGAAGAUAUUAACCCUCAGGAUAAACCUUACAUUGAAGAAGCAAGAAAGGACAUGAUCAACUGGCUGAAUAAAUACAUCUGACAGAUCUGUAAAACAAAUCUGUACAACAAAAUUAUGUAGUAUGUUGUGAAGGCUUUAGGUAACUUUAACAUUUUAGAAAAAAAUGUUUAAUAUAAUUAUUUUAGGGAAAAAUAAGCACUUAAUAAAUUAUAUACUAAGGAAAAAAAGCUGUAGAAAUUUCUAUAUCAAAACUCUUUUUCAUAUGUAGAUUUUAAUAAAUGAUCUCAAGCUGAAUCCAUUUUAAAAGUUCUCAAAUCUCAUCUAUCUUCAUAUUUGUAUAAUCUGCUGGAAAUAUUCCCCAGCUUCCUUGGGGUUUUUUCAGCAAGUAACUUAAGCACUUGCUCAAAUCACCUGUACUAAAGUUAAGCCUACGUUUCAGUACUUUGUUGAAUCUCCAAGAGUAUAAAAGACUAGACUUCUUUGGCCUGUACUGCCAGGGAUAAUGGCAAAGAAGCACUUGCCUUAGAUGUCCUUUAGGCUGACCUUUUCCCUGAGACCUGAUUGUCUACAGUUAAACCAGUUUAGGAAUUUGCCUUUAUAAUGUACUGCAAAGGUGGGGGCUUUUAACUACGUAGUUGUAAACUGGAGUUACAAUUCAGCAAGAAACUUUUACUUUAUCAUGUUUUCUCCCUAUUUCUUGUUUCUAUUUCUGGCAUAAGAUCUCAGGGCAAAAUAUGUAUACAAAUUGGGAAAAUGUACUAAUUUUCCUCCUAAAAUGAAGGAUGCCUUCUGUAGUGGGAGCCUUUGACUGUAAACUACAGUAUCAGAUGAUGUGGUUAAUAUUGUGUAUCAUUUCCAAAUAAUAACAAUUAUUAGCUA